AUGUCCCUCAAGGAGACGCUGAAGUACGAGAGGGAGCGCUCCGCGGUCGAGAAGAUUGACCUUCAGGAGGAACUCGAGAAGCGCGACGAUACCAUCGCGACGCUGACCGCCAAGAUAACCCGUCUCACCGAGGCACUCCAUGUGUCAGAAGCACGGAGGAUGUCGGCAAUGCCACCGUCGGGGAACGAGCAGGCGCCGAGCGAGAGUGGCUCCGCGGAUUCGGCCAGUACGGGGGUCGGAGCCAAGAAACGGGGUGAGAAACCCCCAAAACCCCCACAAACGCUCGACGAGGCUCGUUACGAGCUCAACGUGGUGCAGCCUUGGGUCGCCGAGCCGGGAUUCGUCGACCGCCAUACCCUCCUCAAAGGCGCGACGCAGGGUGCAUACGACGUGAAGGUGCGCCGCAUGCUGGAGGACAUGGAUGCAGUGCGCCUUCUUCGCUCGAGCGACGGCGAUGCCGACACCGAAGCCGUCGUCGCUGCCCUGAACAUGAUCGCGGCGCCGGGCAUCGGGACCUUUUGCGAUGCCCUCAUGGUGCUCAAACCAGGAACCGCACCGACGAAGUCAAAGGAGCCUGGCAUGGGCGUCAAGGGGCUGGGCCCCAAGUUGGUCUCGAAGCUUUGUCUCGCCUGUGCGCUGGUGGCGGUCAACUUGAAGCCGAGCGCUUGGGUCGCCGUCCUGUUUCCAGACACCUGGGAGGAGCAGAUGCCGAAGACCGUGGCCGACAUGGCCAAGCAGACCGCACCUGUGCUGCGUCCUCUGACCAAGCGCAAGAAGGCGGCAUGA